CGAGCUUCUCCAGGUAAACACUCAGCAGUUCGCGCUUGAGCUUCUCGAGCACGAAAUACAACAUCCAACGUCGACCAUGAGACUUUCAACGGGCUUGCUGCUACCGACAUUGAUCGGCGCAGUUUCUGCGGCAUCAGAUGCGAAAGUCUACCUCUUCCAGGGCGACGAAUGGCCAAACACCUCGAAACCCCCGACCCUCUCCCCAAAGGAAGCUCGACUGGUCUUCGCACAGCGUUUAGGCGUAUCUCGAUACCAUAGCUUAGAUGACGUUGGAGAGGACACACUCUCAUACAUCAAUCAGUUCGGCGGGCCCCAAGAACAAUUGUUCGGAGGUAAUGGCCAAGACAAGGCACCAGAGCUGGUGCUGCUCGUCGAAGGGGUGUCUGCUGAGCAUGCAGAACCCCUCUUGAGCGCAUGGUCAUCGAUCCAGCCGGCAUUUACCAUUUCCAACCCGCCUAGCUCCAGUGAGAACCUGGAGCUGGCCUUCAAUUUGGAUAGACAGCUUGGGCCAGACGUCCAAGCUUGCCCAUUUGAGCAGGAUAUCGACCCUGGCAACAGGAAAUGCUGGAAGGGGAGAUCAAAGAUCUUACAGAUUGAUUUAACUUCCAAGCGACCUGGGCUCAGCAAGAUGUUGCUCGCGCAGGAAAGAUUGGUUGAUUUCGCGAAACAUCAGAAGAUGAACGUUAUGGUGGUCCUCAUGCCGGAGUCAUCAUGGUCUACAAAGAGCACGAACGCAUACGGAUCAUACGAGAAGCCAUCCCAAAAGCAACUGGACCGGCGAGUGGAGGCCGAAGAGCCAAUAUCGGAAGUACAUACAGCAUCUUCUCCGGUCUCCCAUGGGAGUCAGGUAAUGCCAUCAGUCUCAUCGGAAGAGUCCGAACCUAUACGAGGUAUCCCUUCGCUAUGCUACAACACCCUCGAAUCUUGCAUGACAUCGACAAAUAAAUGCUCAGGACACGGCGAGUGCUACAAGAAGUCGAACGGAACGGAUGCAACAGCGGCAUGUUUUUCUUGUCAAUGCAAGCCCCAGUUCGAAUACUUUUUUGCCGGCAAAAACCGGGUAAAUAGUUCCCGGACAACGUAUUGGGGUGGCGCUGCAUGCCAGAAGAAGGAUGUCAGUGGACCUUUCUGGCUCUUCGCAACUUUCACUGUUGUGAUGAUCGGACUAGUGGGCUGGGCUAUCGGUCUGCUAUUCAACGUUGGGGAGGAGAAGCUUCCGGGCGUGAUUGGUGCUGGUGUUUCGAGCAAAGCGAGAUGA